GGAGCCCCGGCGCCCGGCGGCAGCGAGCGGGAGCGCAGAGGACAGGGCAAUCCGCCCCCGCGCCCGCCGCCCGCCCGCCCGCGCGUCCAGCUCCGCGCCCAGGCUCCCACCCUGCCGGGCGCGCGUCUACGGCCAGGGGCUCGCGGCGGCCUCCAGCGCCCAGCCCCGGGGAAUGCGGCGGCCCCCGGCCCCUGGCGCCACUCGGUGUCUCGGCUGGGCCUCCUCGCUCGUCUGCUCCGCGGCCUCGACGCUCCCGGGUCCCCUGAUGGCAGCCAAGUGGUUCAAGGAGUUCCCGCUGACCCUGAAGACCGCGUCGGAGCGCGCCAGGCCCGGGGGCGCGGGCGGCAAGCCGCGCAAGAACUCGGAGACCGGCGGCGCGGAGCCCGCCCCGGGCAAGAGCCGGAAGAACUCGGCGGCCGAGCUGGGGGGCAGCAGGGCGGGCGGUGGACCCCUCAAGGACAGCCGGCUGUCUCGGGACAGCCUGCAGGGUCUGAUCCAGGCCGCGGCCGGCAAGGGUCGCAAGAACUCCCGGGCCACCGCCACUGCCACCGCUGCCACCACUGAGGAGGAGCCCCACCGGGGCGCGGUGGCCAAGAGCGCGGGCUGCAGCACCUACAUCAGCAGGCUCAUCAAGGUGGACACACAGGAGAAGAAUGGUAAGAGCGGCUACCCGGGUGGCGGCAGCACCAGCAGCUCUAGCAGCUCCUCUUCCUCUGCGUCCUCUUCACCGUCCUCCCUGGGCCCCGAGCUGGACAAGGCCAAGAUAAUGAAACAGCAAGACACGGUCAUCAUUUUAGAAGACUACGCUGACCCAUAUGAUGCCAAACGGACAAAAGGUCAAAGGGACGCGGAGAGAGUGGGUGAAAACGACGGCUACAUGGAACCCUAUGACGCGCAGCAGAUGAUAACAGAAAUCAGACGUCGUGGUUCCAAAGACCCCCUGGUGAAGGCCCUCCAGCUGCUUGAUGGCCCAUGUGAGCCAGGUGAGAGCAUGAAGGUGGAGGCCACAGCCAAGAGACGCAGCUCUAAGGACCUGCUGGGGAAGCCGCCGCAGCUCUAUGAUACCCCCUAUGAGCCCUCAGAGGGUGGCCAACGGGUGGCAGAAGUGAAGGCAAGGCCAGCAGACAGCAGGCUGCCAGAGGAGGAUGAUCGACCUGCCGCCGAGUAUGAGCAGCCCUGGGAGUGGAAGAGGGAGCAGAUCGCACGGGCCCUGUCAGUCCAGUUUGAGGGAUCCGAUCGAUCUCCUGGGAGAGAGGACACAGGCAGACCCCACCACUGGCAGAAGACCUUGAAGCCGACUCUGUCAGACCACUGCGACAGGGAGAAGGUGGACCCGGGCCUGGCCCUGGAAAAGCAACCUUGGUAUCACGGCACCAUUACCCGAGCUGAGGCUGAAAGCCGACUACAGCCCUGCAGAGAAGCUGGUUACCUGGUCCGAAACAGUGAGUCGGGCACCAGCAGGUACUCCAUCGCACUGAAGACCAGUCAAGGGUGUGUCCACAUCAUAGUGGCUCAGACGAAAGACAACAAGUACACGCUGAAUCAGACCAGCGCUGUGUUCGACAGCGUCCCUGAAGUGGUCCACUAUUAUUCCAGUGCACAGCUGCCUUUCAAAGGGGCAGAACACAUGACCCUGCUCCACCCCGUGCACAAGCUUCACUAAACUUUAGCCAGAAAGAGCCCAGGCACCUUCAAGGGUGUUGGCACCCAGCAUCACGUGGACAGGACUCUGCUGCUGCAGACCGGGAGUUGGCGCUUAGAAGUCAAACAGUCUUUGGUCUUAAAUCCAGGACCCGUGGUCUGAUCCGUUCUUUCUCUUCCUGCCAAGUAGCUAUACUGUAAGAAAGUAUCCCUUGCCUGUUGCCUUCUCCCUUGGAGUAGGAGGUCCAUUUGGGGUAGAUCUAGAAUUCGGGAGCACUAACUCGUCCCUCAGUGCUGUUAUUCAGAGUGCCUAGCCUCUGAACCACAGAAAAUCCCGUGGCCACGUGGAAGAUCCUGCAGUGUGAGCCCCUCCUGGGGACUGGACGGAGAGUAGGAGGUGGGAACAGUGGACAGGAAAGCUGUCUUUCUCCGUGUCCUGGCGCAGCUGUGGCCUUCACACACAUGCCCAGUUAAGGACUGGGCAUAGGAUUAUUGGCGGUCAACCUUCCUAAGUGUUUGCUUUCUCCUUCUCUCUGGACAUCCAUUUCCAGUCAAGCAGUAAUGCGAGCAAAAGCUGGAUGGAAGCUCCCAGGUUAAAAUGCUGCCUGUGACCGAGCAGUGCCGUGCUUCGUGGAACUCUGAGGAGCUGGCUUCUGAUUCUAAGAACCACACAGAGCUCAGCAGCUGUUUCGUUCCUGGGUGAUUACAUAAUUCAAACACCUUUUGUUUUCUCUUCAUGCGCUUUAGUUGCACAAAGAUGGAAUUAUCUUUAAGUUUUCUUUCUAAAAUUAGAUUUACUCUGGAGUUUUAGUAAAUUUUUUACAACAAAAUUGGCAUGCAGUUGUAAGAACCGAGUCUGGGAAGAGGUUCCCCCAGGUACAGAAUUUGUGCCUGUGGAAACCUUUGAAAGGACUGACAUUGUCUCCCCUGCCCUCCAAGACACCACAUCACUGUACUUUCACCCUUGUGACCAGAGCGGUCUCCCAGGAGGGGGUCUGUGGGGAAUGGGGUGGACCAGGACCAAACUGGACAAAUGGUUCGUGCUCAGGUGUGUAAACUGGGCCUCAAGACUGUUGCCAUGGCAAUGCACUGACCACCCUCAGGGGACAGUGAAUGUUUGUGGCUUCUUUCAGGUGCACAAGAAAUACUAACCUGGUCAGACUGCUUAGGAAAAUACAGCUCUGAACUUAGCACCCGUCACUGGGCCACUGUGACAAACAGGACGUUUCAGUGAGGGUGUCAGCCAGAGGGUGGUGUGAUCUUUCUGUUUUAAAAAGGUGAAGGGUUUUUCUCAGUGGAGCUGGGUGCUCUUCCCAAAGGCUGUUCUCACAGUACCGAUGAUCCCAUGCAGCGCAGGGUUUUCAUUUUCAAGUUUCAGUAGCCAGAGUUCCAGUUCCAUUCAGCAAAUGUUUGUUAUCGUUUAUUGUCUUGUAUAUGUGCACUGUUCACUAUGUUAAGCCUAUUUUUAGCUCAUCAAUCUAGCCGCAAAGACUUAUUUUUUGCUUAGCCUUCCUUACUCUUCAAAGGAAACCGAGCUGUUGUCUUUAAUAAACGAUGAGAGAAUUAU